AAAAUGGAUAGCAUUCCCAAAGUUGUUGAAGAAGAGAACACAGAGAUAAUCACUCUAGAGAAGUCUAUUCUGGAAGAAACCAAAGAACAAGACAUCAACAGAUGCCAGAGCAUUCUCUCUAAGAUCUAUCCUGAGAAAGAAGAGAUUAAGCCAUUGGAUCCAGACUCUGAAGAAGUUCCAGAAAAUAGUGAACUUAUGAUUGAUCUCAGAAAUGCAAAGCUUUCGAAAAGUUUAAAGAAUCUCAAAUUAUUUGAUAUUAAUCGGAUUGUUUUUAAUUAUGUCAAUUCAAAAAAUAAGCAUUUUCUAAAUUUCUUAGAAUCCUCAUUUCCAAAUAAAACUAAUGUACUCCAUUUUUACUCCUGGAAUAAAAUGGAUCUGAAUAGGUCGAAUUACUUAAACUCAUUGCUCAGGCUCAGCUCUAAAGUAGUCCAGACAGUUACGAUACAAUAUUUCUGCAUUGGGCUGCCCCAACUGAAGAGACUGGUGGCAGCUUACAAGCAUACCAGAGGGUUAGUAUUUCUUCGUUGCAAGCUAUCUAUUCCAAGUGUUCCUGAUUUUUCAAAGGCUCUUACAAAUUGCCAAAUCCAGAAAAUAGGCUUUGAAGGAUCAGGAAACUAUUAUUUCAGUGAGUGGGAGGACAGUCCUGACCAGUUCAAGAACUUGAUACAAGGGCUAGCAAGUUCUCCAGAUUUAAGGUUGAGUCUCAAAGAGGUAGAUAUCUACUGCUGCAGAGUAACCAAAAAUAAAGCUAAACGAGUGUUUGAAGAAAACCAACUUGGAGAUGUGGAAAUAAUUGUUGGAAGAUAAAUUUUGGUUGAACUUAGCAUUUUCUUCCUUGACUAAACGGCUUCAUUUCUCCAUAUUUAACACGUGAUGAC